AUGGCGGACGGGAAGGAGUGGAAGUGUCAGGUGAUCAUCCUAGAACAUAAUUUUAAACGAAUUAAAUCCAACUCCAGACGUGGAACAAAAUGUUGGGAAUGUAAUUCGGAAAGAGAUUAUAAUUGCAGGGAUCCAUUUAAUUUUACACAUUUUCCAUUAGUUGAUUGUGACCGAAAAUCUGCUCACAAUACUUAUCUACAAUCAUAUUCAGUUUGUCGAAAAAUCGUUCAUAGAGUUAAUGGAGAAGCACAUGUGGAAAGAUCAUGUGCCUGGGAACAAGCCUAUGAUAACAAUCGUCCAUGUUCUUCUGCAAGAUCCACGUCUUAUUCUACCGUAGAACAUUGUUCGACAUGCAAUACAGAUGCCUGUAAUGAUGGAUUAGUAAUUAAACCUGGAUUUAGCUCUCUACCAAUGACAUUAAUGGCUUAUUUGGGUGCCAAAUACAUAUGA